AUGACUGGUGAUUGCAAUCGCAUCAUUUAUAACAUUCUCUUGGAAUAUGGCUCUGGCAGAACCCUAGCUGAUUUGAUCAAGAAAAGUGGUGGCAGAGGAUUGUCUGAAUCUGAUGUUAGGUGUUAUACAAGGCAUAUUCUUGAAGGUCUUGAUUGUGUUCAUAGCUCUGGUUAUGUUCACCGUGCUCUAAAGCCUGAGAAUAUCAUAAUUGUUUCAAUUAGUACUGGUACCGGGACUAAGUAUGUGGCUAAGGAUGUUGGCUGCAUUGUAUUUGAGAUGUUAACUGGGAAGUCUGUAUGGGAUGGGAAACAAGAUUCAAAAGUUGAGGACAUUCUCUCUGACAUUAGCAAAGGGCAUAGACUGCUCAAACUACCCAAUGAAAGUGAGAUGCUCUUGAAUCACCAUUUUGUGGUCGGAUUGGGUGAGGACAGCGAAAACAAUGAAGAAGAAUUAUCAGUGGAGAAUUCUGAGGAGAAGGAUGAAAGGGAAUUGAAGGUCAAAAAACUAAAGCUUGAUGCAGAGACAAUUAUGGUUUGCUCAUCAUUGUCAUACGAAGACAGUGCAGUGGAAGAUGAAAUCAGUUCUUCUUGCCGUUCAGAUGAUUGGAGCAACAUGCCAUUGGAGGCAGAGGAAUUGCAGGACAUUGUAGAACCUAGGAGGGUUGAUUGGUCAUUGUCACUGUCAGUUCAGUAUUAG